CGCGCGAAAUUGGUUACUCGGUUACGGCGUUAGUUGCUGUCGAACCAUCGUAACGUGAACAACUUUCGACGAACGCGUGAAAUCCGGCCGAUUCAAAACACAUAAAUAAAAAUGGUCAACAUUUCGAGGCUUACUAUCAUAAAGUUCUUUGAACUUAUCUUGGUAUGCAUCCUUAUCGGAUUGCAUUAUAACUCCUUUAACGCGGGAGAUCAGCAUACAGCUAUGAUCACAAUGGGUACCUUUGGUGGAUACCUCAUUAUUCUAGUUGGUUUGUUUGCUGGCAGUUUAAUGGCAACUCCGGUCAACCGACGUGUGGAUCUUUUCUUCUCGUUGAUUGGUUGCGCUUUAUUCGUAGCUGCUGGCGCUUUGAAUAUCAAGUAUUUCGAUCAAAUUCCUUAUAAAUCCUCUUUUCGUGACACAGGCUUAGCGAAAGGAUCCAUUAGUAUCAUUCAAGGUGUACUUUUCCUCGUUGAUGCUUUCCUUACAUUUAAAGGAGAAGCUUAAAAAAAAAAAAG